AUGACACUCGCUUCUAACGUCUCUAACGUCAGUUCGAUAAACACGUAUUGCAAGUAUUGGGAACCAGACACUGAUCUUGAGAAAAUUGCUAAACGYACUGCCUAUGUAYUUCUUAUUAUUUUGGGGAUUUCUUUSAACAUCUUCGUCAUCAUACUCGCUGCUAARUACACAGURCGYAAGGGACUGCAUCRUUGGAUCAUCAACAUGGCCGUCUCAGAUGCACUAAGUCUGUUAACAAUGUUAUURGAAGGAAUUCCAUGGCUGUCUGGCUAUAAAUGGAGCUUAUCAGAUCUCAGCGGUACACUGGGUGUCAUAUUGUGUAAAGGUAUAACAYAUCUGUUGUACGCCUUAUUUCAAGUAACACUAUUUACUCUAUUAUCCAUCAGUAUUCAAAGAUUCAAGGCAACAAGUGAAACCUUGCAAAGAACCAGGCCGUCCGCACUGAAUCAAGGCAUAGCAAUUGCUUUCUCCUGGUUGAUUCCCAUGAUAAGCUCCGCCAUUUACGCGARUAUURCAAAGCUUAAGGGCAGCACUUGUGCAAUAUUUUUGAGCGAAAUACCGAAUCACAACCGAAUCUUUUUAAUCGUUCUCCUAUUUYAUGAAGCUUUUCUAGCUAUUGUCAUUGUUACAAUAUUCGCUCUUGGAAUUCUAACAAUAAGACGGCUGACCAAACCACAAAGAAUCCAUAACCACCUAAGCGACGAACAACGACAAUUACGAGCACGUCGAAUUCAWGCAGCCGUAAGAAUGGUUSUCGCYUCUGCAUUGCUGUAUKCAUGUUGCUGGGGUCCCUUACGCAUUUGCAACGCUGUGCAGUGUGUUCUCGUUAUAAUCCGUUCACAUGUACCACGUGGCUGCGUUGAUUGGAAAUCAUUAGGGUACAUUAUUGGAAAUAUCCUACCUAUUGUUAACUCCUGUUUGAGUCCUUGUAUCUAUGUAAUAUUUCUGUCUGAUUUUCGGGCAGCAAUGAGGAAAGUGUUAUGCCAAAGACAGACRACAAACCCGGCACCAAAUAACCCCGUCGAACUGCAACCGAGAAAUCCGGUGUCUGAUGGGAGAACAGCGCGGAAUAGAAGGUCUGAUGGAGAGAUCAAUGCAUUUGGACCAACAGAUUCGUAA